UUUAAUCUGUAGAUUUAUUUGCUGUAGCUUUCCUUGUUGUAGAUUUCUAAAACACUAAUUUUUUGCUCUGGAAAUAAAGCUCUCUACAGCCAUAUUUUGAUUUUGCAGAGAUUUUUUUGCUGUGAGUUUUUUAAGGAAAGCAAAGCUCGAUUGGUUGAGAUAUAUAGCUGUAGACUAAAUUUUGGCUGUCCAGAGCAUCUACAGCCCCAACCAAUCAUCCCCUAAAGCUUAUGAACAGAGCCAGUCCUAGAGGUGUGGGGCCCUAUUCAAAUUUCUUUUUAAUUUAAAAUUAAAGAUAUUUUUAAGUGAUUUUUAGUAAAAAUUAAUGUAAAUUUCUUUACUUUAUAUAUUUAACACUAUUUAAUAAUAUAAAUACACCUAUAUAUACAAAUAUUUUUUUUUAAAGAGGUCCUUUCAAAUGUUUCGAAAGCAUACCCACAAGCCCGACUCUGCCUAUGAACUAGUAUGUUCCCCUAUUUUAGCCAUAUCUCAAAAGUCAUAGUUAGAAUUAAAGAUUUUGAUACAAGUUAAGGCUAAUCUUGUUAGGUUGAGUCCAUUUUAACAUUCCUAGUUACAUCCCACUAUGAUGAAGAAAGUUUUCUUUUAAAAUCUUAGAAAAGAAGAGUGCAUUAGUUUGUAAAUCACUUUUGUCUUUAUUUUUAACACUCAUAGUCACUUCUAAUGGGUCAAUUAGUGGACGUAGUUAUAUCAUAUAGAGAAUGUAAUUAAGAUUGAGGUUUGCAUUAAACGGGAGUUUGGUUUAUAGGAUUAUAAAAGAGCAAUAAUUAAGUAUUUUAGUUUAAAACAUGUUUUUUUAUAUCACCAACAAGUUUAAAUUGGUCAUUAUUUUAAAUUCUAAUGUAUAAAUAUCAAUAUAUCUAUAUAAAAGCAAUUAAAAAAAAAUCUUCUACAUAUUGACAUUUUCUAGGAUUUUAAAAGAAAACUUUCUUAAUUACAUCAAUAUCUAUCUUAUUAAAAUAGAAAUACACUUAUAAAUUAACUCUUAGUUUUUUAAUUUAUUACAUCUCAAUGCCACUGAAAAAAUAAAUUUACCUACAUUUUAGUAUUCUUGUCUUUUAUAGUUUAAUGAAUGCAUUUUCCUAAGAUGAAAUACAACAAAUUAUGUCCAACUUACUUAAGGAAUAUUUCCCAUAAUCAAGCUAAAUAAUAAAUUACACUUAAUCAAUACCAAAAAUAUAACAAAAUGUUCAUUACACGGAUUUGGUUAUUUUUUAUUUUGGUAUAUUAACUAUGUCUAAAAAAACAUAGAAAAUGUUAUAAAAAAUACAUAAUAUAAAACACACAAAAUUAUAAAUAAUAUAUAUAUUUGAUUAUUUGAUAGUAUAAAUCAAAUAUAACCAUAUACAACAUUUUUAUUUUACCUAAAUUUUUGAUCCAUAAAAAAAUACAUUUACACCAACACACGGGUUAUAUUUUAAAAAUAUGGAUCUAAUAAUUGACGGAUCUAAAAAUAAAAUAAAAUAAAAAUAUUCACUAUAAAUUAUAAAAUUUAUGGGUUUAGAAAUAUAUUAAACAAUUAUUUAAUACAUAUAAAUUUUAUAAAUAUAUAUUACCAUUUAUAUAAAUUUUUUUUAAAAAAUAAAAAAGAAUAUCCGGUGGGUGCGCGGAUCAAGUUCUAGUAUGUAUAUAAAAGCAACUACGAUGAAGAAUGCACGUGUUUUUGACAUUUUUCAGCUUUUAAGGUUUAAUGAGUGACUGUUAUAUCUUCAUUUUCUACUUUUUUCCACAAGUUUUCAAACUUAAUAUGCAGCCAUUUUCAAUUUUUUUUUCAUGAUUUCACCGUUUUUAAAUCAUUUAUUUUGGGAGUUAUCUACAUAUAGCAAAUCUAAGACUUAAAAUUUGAUUUCGAACCAGAAAUUUUGAUAUUUUGUAAGCUUUUCGAAUUUGAGAAACUCGAUUUUACAAAACUAGGCGCUGUUCAUUUCUCCAGGUAAGGCGGGUAUAAUACGGCUCAGCGCCUUGACAUACCGUUCACAUCCUUUUCGCCAUGGUGACCUUCCGAUCUGCGUUUAAUCAGACGAGUUAUCGGUGGUGGGGGUGUUUUAGAACAAAGAUUGACAUUUAUAAUAAAUAUAUUAUUUUGUUAAAUCGAAAAUACACACUUUUUGAAAUACUUUUUUUUUUGAAUCACCAAAAAUAUACGUAUAUAUUUGUAUUUAUUAACGGUAGAAGCAUGGACCCAUAGUGGGUGAGUUUUGAUUGUAUUACGUGGUAUUGUAUUUUGAGUUGAGUCUUAAUUUAUGGAUGAAUGCAUUGGAUUGUGGACACAACCAACUUUAAAAAAGUUUCACAUAACAUGUGAUGUUCCUUGCAAAUUAAACCAUUGUCUAUGAAAAUCAUAUUUAAUUUUAAUUCUCUUGAAACUGUGGACGAUAAAGAGUUAUUAGAACAAGAGAUAAAGUUGUGGACGGUAAUUUCAUGAAUGGAAGAGUUGUGGACAAUAUAAGCAUGGAAGGCAGAGUGGCAAUACCAACGGUGAGCUUGGUAUUCCAAAGCUUUCAUAGUUGGAAUUCGUAACAAAUCGUUUUUCUUGAAUUAAACUCUAAAUCCACGUGAAAAAGAUGGGUUGAAGUUUCACACGGUUUAGACUAACUUUUUUUUUUUUGGUAAAAUGUAAAGAUAUUAUUGUUAACUUUUCAUUUUUUGAUAGAAAUACAAUGAAUACAAGAAGCAGAUAAAAGAAAAAUAAAACCUAAACAGCGACUCAAUCUAUCUAAGCCGGAACAGACACAACAAGCAAAAGCCGUAGACCAGAGGCAUCAACUAAUCUGCACUUACCACUUGCCGCAAAAGGAAGAGCCAGUUAAACCGAGAGUCAGAACCCGGUAAUUUUAGCCUCCCCGAUGAACCUGUUCUUAAAGAUGAGGCCCGACCAAGAACAGUUUGCGGAAGACUUCAAGAGCAUCCACCUGCACAAUCAGACAGCCACGCCAGAGGCCAAGCACCUGCAUCGACAAAACGAGCAUUUAUUAGGGACGCACCAGUCACAAAGGACUGAAACCGUCCAGAAGCGCGGGCUUGGAAUCACCGCCUAGCACCAACCCGAUGCCUCUAGACAUGCAAAUAGUAGAAAUGCUGCACGACCACACAAGCUCAAGUGAUCUUAUGCAAUGCUGGGAUGUGAGCAAAUCCAAGUGUGCCUCAGGGAUGACAAACGACUGCAACCGAGAGCCGCCACACCACUUGAAGUCAUCGAGAACCGAAGAAGCAACACUCUAAGCUGAAAAACCCACUCUGGCGCCACACAGAGAAGAACAUCUUGACAGAACAGUGGCACCACUCCGCAAGAAACAUAACCUUCAAACAGAGCAAAACGGAGAAGGGCCGAUUAGAGGAGCUUUGAGGAGAGGACGCACGGAGAGAGACCAUCCAGGAGCCAUAGACGAAACCCUUUGAAAACCCUAAGUGCAAAAACACGAAAGAGCCCAGUACCAUCUCCAGCAUGGGUACAUGGACUCAAAGACCGCCUCCGUGGUAGCAAAAUCCACCGGACCUCACCGGAACCCGACAUAGAGGAAACAAAACGAGAGAGCACCACCAUACCUGAAGAGCCUCACAUUGGAGCCACUUAACCACCAAACAGACCAGAAGAGAUCCUCUGAGAAGAUGAAAGGAAAGAGAAGCCAAACUGAUGUGCCCCAGUCCACAUAUCAGUAUAUGGAACCAGCUCCGCAUGGAGAUCAGGACGUUCUGAACAAUUCAACUGAGGUUCAUCCAUCCAACCGUACCGAUCAGACUGACCGAGACGUGUACCGGAUCGACCCGCGUACGUCCAGAAUAGAGCUAAGGCUGGAACCACGUCCAGACAACCGAAUUGACCGUACCAGAACUCGUCUUUCCCGACCAUCUCGACAUUCUAAGGACAAUAGCCGAGUCAGACUUAACUUGGGUCGUGAAGAACCUGAAGACAGACAUGGAUUCUCACCCGGCAGACCAUCCUGACAGUCCCGCAAGAGUCCUUAUCAUUACUAUCGUGCAUCUAUUAGGUUCGGAUGAACCUGGACAGUAGCCGAAGGGUUUCCUUGACCAGAACGUGAACCGAAGGGUCAUCUUUGACCAAUAUGUAUGGAAGACUGAGUCUUUGACUCAUUAAUAAUAUUCUAGUCAAUGUUUCUAUUUUCUAUGCCUUGUUUUCCCACAAUUCUCUUUAAUUCUCUUUGACUACAAGUAGUAUAAAUAUGUAGUCUCUUCCAUGAAUAAAAUCAGUCUAAAUUUGAGUUUAUUUUUGAUUCUUAUUUUCUCUGAGUGAGAGAGAGAGAGAGUUCUUUAGCUAGUUAAUUGGUGUGAACCGGCUUGUUGAGUUGGUGGUCAGCCAAUUCAUAUUUGUGUGUUGUUUGCUGGUUAGCCAACAUACUACAUUCUUUUUUAGGUGGUUAGCCUUAGAUCUUGGGUAUAUCAAGAGCCAUUCUGCAUCUCUUGAUGAUCCUUUCAAUCCAUCUCAGUUCCAGUAGUGUCAUUUGUGUUCUCGGAUCAUAUCCAACACCCAGCUAAAAUGAUCCUUCAAUUCAUGACGUAUCACAAACCUCGCCCACUCAAGCAGUAAAACCCGGAAGACCGUACGGAGAAAAUUGGUCAACCUAAACCCUAAAAGCCGACUAUUACCUAGGACUACCGAUCUACCGCAAAGCCAGAGCAAACCACGAUACCACCAGAACCACAACUCCUCGCGUGCAGAGCCAAUUCCAGGGCAAAGGAGAAGCCCAGAUCUGAAAGUAUGUCGACGAAGAAAAAGAGGACAACGGAGCAACGACAAAGUACGGGCGCUUGAUUGUAGUUUUUGAAAUCGUUUUUGUUUUAAUUUUUCUAAAGGCUUGUUCUAUAAUUAUUUAAUAUAUUUUCCAAGUGUUUUUUAGUAAUGACAAAAAAACAAUAUAUUGACAAAGUUUUUUUUUUACAAAAUAGGGAAUCUAGUUUUGAACUUUUAAUAAAUUUCAGUAAAAAAUUAGAAAAUGCGUGUUUGAAUUUCUUUCUAAAUAUGGUUAAUAUUUUUUAUUUUGUAAAUAAUUAUAUCAGUAUUAAGAAUAUGCAUCUUUUGAAAGUAAUUUUGUAUAUUUGUAAGAAUUUAUAAUAUUCACUUUUAUUAAAAUACUUUUUAAAUAAAAUAAUUUAAAAACACUUUAAUAUCUUUUAUUAAUAAUUUAGUCAUUAUUUAAAAUUUUGUAAAAAAUAAUUUUGUUGUAUUAAAAUAAAUCAUUGUUUAAUUUACAACAAAAAAAAUAAUGAUUAACACACUUUAAGUGGUUUCGAUCAUGCCUCUGUCUACUCCAACAUUUUUUAUGUUCUAAAGACAUGGAAGGAUCAACUUGUACCAGAAAAUAUUUAGAAGAAGUGGAGCUUGGAUUAUCUGGUCAAUAUAAAAAACAGAAACUCUUUUCUCUUUCAAGGUAAUCUGGCGCUCUUGGUCCAUCCUUUCUAAAAACAAUCUAUGAUGAAGUAAAUCAUUGGUUUCUAAUCAAAUCAAUGGAACAAAAGGAAAAAGCUAUAGAUUUAGAAAUGUAAAAGAGAAUCAUCUUUGGUUGGAAGCCACCUCCUUUAUCUUGGAUCAAAUGUGACAUUGGUUUCGCUUGGGAUAAAAAUAGGAAUCAAAGUGGUGCCUCUUGGGUCAUCAGAAACAGAGAAGGGAAAGUAUUAUUGCAUGGUCGACAUUCUUUUGUGGAUAUUUUUUGUAAACGUGACGCUUCUCUGGAAAGCUGGCUAUGGGCUAUUGAUAGUCUGAAGACUCUUCACUUCAACUCGAUUGUCUUUGCUUCAGAUGAUCACAGCCUGAUCAAUGCAAUCUCUAAACCGUCAGCUUGGCCAUCCCUCAAAUUCUACUCAUCAAAGGUUCUAUCUAGUCUUAAUGAAAUUUCAGAUUGGCAUGCUCAGUUUUACUACCAUAAUCAGAUUAAAGGAACAAAAUUCAUAGCAAAUAGUGUGAUCAACAAUGAUCUAGUUCAAUCAUAUAUUGCUUUGGGUCAUACUUGUUGGCUUAAUCACUUGUUUAGAUAAGCCUACAAUGUUCUUGUCCCUUUCUUUUGCUGUUUGUAAACGAUCCUUGUAAUACUUUUGUCGGAUAUCUCCUCAUAUAUGGAAUUCUAGUGUUUUAAAAAGAUUAACACACUCCAAGUCACAUCUUAACUUUCUACUUUCUAGUUAUAAGAUAUGUCACUCCAUGAUAUAACACCAUUUUUGGUGAGAUUUGUCUAUUUUACCUUUUAACCUUUUUUUUGAACAACACACUUUGAUUAAUAAAGAGAGUUUCAGACCAAUGCAGAAGUCGAGCCAUUACAGAGAGCUGAUUUUGCAAGCAAGUCAGUUGUAGCAUUUUGGGCUCUAGGGACAAAACGAAAAAUCAGAAUGAAAUCAAAACUAGAGGUUAGAAACUUGAGCUCCAUUGGAUAAGUUUUUGAGUUGACAGCUCUAUUGAGUUCAAGUGAGUCAGAAUGCAUCCAGACGUUGAUGAGGUGAGAAUGCUGAGCUGCUCAGAGGGUUUCUCUAAGGGCUAGAGCUUCAGCUAGUAGCGGCGAGGGCACGGAUGAAUAAGUAGUUGUAGCAUGAACGUUCGUGUUUGAAUAUUUAGAAGAUAUAUAUUAUCCUAAGCCCGCCUUGAGAGAAUAGCCGGACCAAGCUGCUUCUGAAUUACAAAUUGCAAAUUUUAAUUCAUAACAAAUCAAAUAAAACUGAAAGCAAAUGCACAUUCUAACCACCUCUUCCAAAAUUAAAUCAAUAUUAGAAUUUAAAAAAAUAAUUUUUUUUUGUAUUAAAUUAAAUCAUUAUUUAAAUUUUGUAAAACAAAAAAUUGCAGAUCAAUUUUUUUUUAACUAACAUACAAAAAUCAAUAACCAAAAUGUAAAUAUCAAAAAGUAAACCAAAAUAUAUUCACCCGAUGACAAAAAAAAAUGUAUUCACACAAUCAACACCAAAUGUAGACAUGUUUAUUGCAACGCGUCCCAUCAGAGAACUAGAGGACGGAUUUCUUUGCCGCAUCCAGUGAAGACAGUUCAAAAUAUUAUGUAGAGCGGAUAGAUGGGGGAAAAUAAUAAAACACAGCUAAUUUCAAAGGAAAAUCGUGUAACAUUUUGUGUAGGCGGAUACUAUUGACUUGCAAUUUAGUUCCACGUGCAAAAAUAUUAAGAAGAAAUUGGUGUGUUUCCGCAAUUAUGUAAAAUUCUGACAUUUCGGAAAUAUGUGUGUUAAAUUUUUUUGUAUCUUCGAUUAUUAAUUUUUUUAUUGUCUUUGUUAUCUCUAUCGUUAGGAUACAUUUAGGGCUCCGAUUAUUUUUGUUCUUUUUUAUGAUAACAAUCUCUGAUUAAUUGUAAUCUUUUUUUUUCUUAUUAGAAAACAAUCCAGACGACUAUAACAAAAGUUAUACUAUAGAACUAGAUGACCGUCUAAGCCUUUAAAAACAUUAGUCUUGGUGAAUCCUUAAAAGAAUUUUCAUAAAUUUAAAAAGAAAAAGAGAAAAAAGAAUGAGAGAGUUUAUUGUUUCAUUGAAAUUAGUAGAUUUGAAACAACUCUUUUAAUACGUAUCAAAAUGUAUUAAAAUGUAUCGUCAAGAAAUUCAAAAAUACUCUCACCAGUACUGAUGGUCUGAAAGGUUUUAGGAAUGAUGCUGGUGUUUAUAAAUCUAUUCCAGUUAAGUUUCAGAAUUUUCUCCAAUUAAUCAUGCGUUUUUUUUUUGUUUUAUACUGUCAUCAGCAAUGAAAGAUAAAUUCCCCGUUGUUUAAUAACUAGAAAUAUUGUAAAACUCAUAUAAAAUAUAAUAUUUAUAUAAGUUAUAUAUAAUUCUUUAAAUGUAUUUAUACAUAUGCAUAUAAAAGAUCAAAUUGGGUAUUUGUUAUUAAAAUAUUAGUAUUUGUGAUUGUUUCGUUUCUCAUAAAUAUUGAAUAUUAGUAUUUGUUUUUCUUCAAGUUACAGAUAUCCGAUUUUUCAGUACCAAUUAGAACGAACGAAUCAAAAUUUCUGGAUAUUUUGCCCAACUUACUCACACUCUGUUAGCUAAAAAAACCAACUACAAAGCAAAAAGUCAAAGUUUGACAGCUUUUAUUUCCUUUAAACUGAGUGGCUAAUAGUAAGAUUGUUGUUUCUUCAUAAUAAACCUAUUGGCCUCCUAUUAACCAAAAAAAAUCCAGUUCUUACAAAAUUUGCCAACUAACUUUAAUUCCUACUUUUUAUUUCCUUGAAACAAAUGUUAUUUUUUCAACCUUGUUAUGAAAGUCAAGUUCAGCAUCAUCUGUUGUGUAGAUAGUCUGGAAAAACCCAUUCAACAUUCGAUUGUAAUAUGAAUACACGUCGAUUGUUGUGUCCCGCUUAUAUAAAUAGUAAAAGCCCGAACUUGAAGAAUUCAACUGAAUAUAUGUAAAAACGUGAUAACAAAAUGAGAUAGUCCAUUUAACAUGUUCACCAAAAAAAAAGAAAAAAAGAGAUAGUCUAACAUUCUUGGUCAAGAAUAAAUGCCCUUUGGUUACACACACGCACACACAAAUGCAUAUAUAAACAAAAACCAAGAAGCCGUUCUUUUAAAUCUCAAAAAGAAAGAAAACAAGAAACAGAAGAAAAAGAUAGAGAUAGAAGUAAAUGCAAAAAUAGUUAUAAUAAUGGAGAAGAAGAUUAAUGUGUUUGUGCUGUGUAUGUUUUUUUUACUGGUGGGCUCGUCUUUGAUGUUUAGGAGGGUUGAUUGCAGAGCCUUACGAUCGAAACAAUGGAGAGACGUCAACGGCCAAGAUCAAUCCACCGAGGCGGCCAUGAAGGUGAAGAAAAGCUGGAGCAGUAAGCGUCCUUUGACGAGGAGCUAUGGUUUCCGGUUAGCUUCUGGGCCGAGCGGAAAAGGAGUUGGCCACUAAUCAACAAUUUCUACUUCUGUUUUUGGAUUUUUUUGGAUUUAUUAUAUUUAAAUUAAAUGUAUAACUUGAAAGUUUUUGUUGAAUGAUUCUUUCGAGGAGUAAUAAUAUCCCUCCAUGUAAAUGUACGUAUUUUGCAAAUCUCCCUAAUAUUAUUUGAAAAAUCAGUUUUUAUGUGUGGUUUUCAUAUUAAUUUUUAAAAUAGUUAAAUUAUAAUGAUAUAUAUUUACAAUCAACCAAAAAUAUGAUGCAUAAUGUCUUUAUUAAGAUUUUUUUUAUUUUAAGUUAUUUAUUUUACUGAUAAUAUUUGAAAUUAUAAUAUAUUUCAUUUGAAAAGUCAAUAAUAUCCUUAAUAAACUAAAAUUAUUAUGCUUAACACCAUUAUUAUGAUUUUUUUACUUUUGGUUCUUCUUUUUACUUAUAAUAUUUUAAAUUAAGUUUUACUUUUAGCUUUCUUUUGAUUAUAAUAUUUUUUCAAAUCAAAUAACAACAAAAAUAUAAUAUUAUAAAACUAAAAUAUAAAGAUUAUAUUUAUAAAUAAAAUUUUAUGCAUGUUGGUCCACAUAAAUUCUUAGAUUGAUCAAAUACAAUAUAAUCUUUAAUGAACUAAACAAAUUAUGUAUAGUGUCAUUAUUAAAUAUUUUAUUUUAGUUUUACUUUUUAUUAAUAGUAUUUUAAAUUAAGCUUUAAUUUUAGUUUCAUUUUUUAAAUACAUAAAAACAAAAAGAAACAUCAUAGAUUAAAAUAUAAAGAGAAUA